AUGCCCCAUGAUAACGUGGACCUCUCAAUGAUGAAGGUACAUGUCAAACAAGUAGACGACAUACGGAAGAAGUGCGGCGUACCUGAUCCUGGUAGGCCUAAGCCUCAAGAUCAUGAAGAUUCUAGUAAUGGAGGCAACAGAAACAACUUUGGUGCCCGUGAACAGCCCAGAUUCAAAAAGGGGCAAUCGAGAGACAGACCCAAACUUAGGAAGGGAAAUGGAGGUGAGAUGCAGCUUCCCAGAAUGGACUGUGCUAUGCGUGGUCGUGCUCACAACGGAGAGUGCAGAUCGAGAACUAAUGCCUUCUUGGGUUGUUGUAUGAGCGGGCUAAUGGUCAAGGACUGCCCACAGAGAAGAGGUCUGGCUAGAGGUAAUGCUCAUAAUAGGCCUAAUCAACAGUAUGAAACAACAGUCGAGCCUCCUAAGAGGAACAAGUUCUACGGCUUGAAGGCCAGGGAGGAGCAGGAGAAGUCCGCUGAUGUGGGUAUACGUUUUCCUUUGUAA